UGCCAUGGCUCCAGCAGCGUUGGCUAACCGAGGGUGGAGGGCUGUGACCCUUGCGGGUACAGUGACGGGCUCCAGGUCAAGUCACACUGCUUUAAAAUCAAAUUACGACGCAUUGGUCAUCGGUGGAGGACACAACGGACUGGUGGCAGCUGCAUAUCUUCAGAAGGGAGGUCUGCAGGCAGCAGUGCUGGAACGCAGACAUGUGCUGGGAGGUGCAGCUGUUUCAGAGGAAAUCUUCCCUGGUUUCCGCUUCUCUAGGUGUUCCUACUUGCUCAGUUUGUUAAGACCGCACAUAUACAGAGACCUGGAGCUCAAGAAACAUGGGCUGAAGGUGUAUAUGAGAGACCCCCAUGCCUUCACCCCCUUGUUGGAGGAAGGGGUGAGAGGUGCUCCUCCACGUUCUCUCACUCUGGGCUCAGAUCUGGCCAGCAACCAGAUGGAGAUCGGCAAGUUCUCACAGAAAGAUGCUAAGGCUUAUCCUGAAUUUGUUGCACACUUGGAGAGGCUAGCAGAUGCUAUGAACCCUCUCCUGGAUGCUCCACCUGUAGAUAUUCCAGGUUUCACUUCUGGAUCACUGAGACGGAGGGUGGCUGCAGCUAAAACACUGAUGCCCAUCUUCAGAUGUGGUCUAAAACUGGGCAAAAACCUUCCAGACUUCUAUGAAAUCAUAACUGCUCCAAUAAUGAAGAUUCUCACUCAGUGGUUUGAUUCUGAGCCACUGAGAGCCACUCUGGCUACUGAUGGUGUAAUAGGAGCCAUGACCAGUCCUAGUAAUCCUGGCAGUGGGUAUGUUCUCUUGCACCAUGUGAUGGGAGAGGUGGAGAAGGAAAAGGGUGCCUGGGGUUAUGUAGAAGGAGGCAUGGGAGGUGUGUCUCAGGCUAUUGCUAGUGCUGCUCGAUCUUAUGGUGUUGACAUCUUUACAGAAAAGGAUGUAAGCCAGAUCCUGGUCGGUUCAGAUGGUGAUGCUAAGGGUGUGGUGCUAAAGGACGGCACAGAAAUCCACAGUAAAGUUGUUUUAUCAAAUGCUACCCCAUAUAUUACCUUCAAAAACCUGACACCACAGUCUGCUCUUUCUUCAAAAUUUAUCAAAGCAGUAGACCAGAUCGACUACACUUCACCUGUUACCAAGAUCAACGUGGCAGUAGACAAGUUGCCAAAUUUCUUAGCAUCUCCCACACCAGGUGAUAAACCUGGACCACACCAUCAGUGCUCAAUCCAUCUGAACUGCGAAAGUGUGGAUGUUUUGGAAACAGCAUAUAAGGAAGCAAAAAAUGAACGACCCUCAGCAAGGCCUAUGGUGGAAAUGACCAUCCCCUCUGUGCUGGAUCCUACUCUGGCUCCCCCUGGCUGCCAUGUGGUGUCACUUUUUACCCAAUUCACCCCCUAUUAUAUAGAAGGCAGGGAGUGGACAGACCAGGACCGGGAGUCAUUUGCAGACACUGUGUUUGACUGGGUAGAGCAAUACGCCCCUGGGUUUAAAAAGUCCGUGGUGGGCAGGGACAUCCUGGCCCCUCCUGACCUGGAGAGGAUCUUUGGGCUCACUGGAGGGAAUAUCUUCCAUGGAUCAAUGUCACUGGACCAGCUCUACUUAACACGACCCUUGCCCUCUCUCACAGACUACCGCUCACCAAUUAAAGGGCUCUAUCUGUGUGGCAGUGGCUGUCAUCCAGGUGGGGGUGUGAUGGGUUCCCCUGGCUGGAAUGCAGCCCUUACCGUCAUCGCUGACUUGAAACGUCGCUGAGGGCAUUAUUGGAUAACAUUGUGUGGUCCACUUAUCUGUGCACUACAUUUCUUUAGAGUGAAUGUGACUAGUUUAAAAAAAAUCAAUGUCAUAUUACAACAAAAAACAGCCACUUGUUAGAUUAACUUAUGAUUAGAUCAUUAUGAUUUAAUAGUUAAAUGACUGACGUAAUAAUACAAAUGACAUGGGAUUAAAAACGACAAGUAGAGCGCAAUAAAACAGGUCUGGACAGGAAGGCCACGUGAAAGGUUUACCAGUGGAAAAACACUAAAUCAACACCAACCUGUGAGCCAGCGGAAAAUUACUGAUGCCACCAAAGCAAACUGAAUGCAAACGUAUUAUUAGAAAAACUAAUUCUUGUUUUAAUUAAACUAACAAAAACUGUGAAGUGAUGAUACUCAUGCACAAAGGAACAUUUUACUACUCUAUUUGAAUACUUUUAAAUAAACUGAAGCCAUGUCUAAUUUC